AUGCGUGCCGAGUACCUCGAGGGUGAGGAGUGGGGCGGCGAGUGGGGCUUCUUCCGCGACGAGGCGGAGGGAGAGAACAAGGUGCCGCUAGACAAUGGGCUGUGGUGGCACGCGCCUCGACCUGCGAGGCCGCGGCGAGGCAUCGAGCAGCACAUGGCCGCCGAGGCCGACGCCGCCGAAGGUGACGCGGCCCCGCGGCUGACGGCGCCGUACAUUUGGCACGUCAAGGACCAGGAGCCGCUGUCCACCAAGCGGUCUGUGCAGCGGGUGUGGCGCGCGCCGUACUUUGCAGCUCGCUCCCCGCUCGCGGCGUGGGAGGCGUCCGAGUCGUUCGAGCUGUGGUUCUCGCUGCCGGGCGGAGGGACGAUGGCGCAUGGCGACGCGUACGGCGAGGUGACCGUCUCGCUGCAGCUACGCGGAGUCAAGCGCUGGCGGAUGAUGAUGGUGCCUCCGUCGCCGAUCGGCAUCGACACCUCGGACGGAGGAGCGCUGGUCUUCCCGCCCGGCUACCUGCACGAGACGUUCGUUCGCCCGGCCGACAACCCCGGCGGCGGAUGCACCGUCGCAACCACCUUUCAGAUGGCCGCGCCCGCCGCCUCGCGCUACCUGCACGCCUGGCUGCCGCGGCUGGCGCAGACCAACCUGCAGACGGAGGAGCGGCUCAUCUCGAGCGAGUGGUCCGUCCUCGCCCUCGCGGGGCUGCCGCGCCAGGCCGCCGCCGCGUUGCGCCGCCGCCAGACGCCCGAGGCUCGCCGCGGCUCGCGCGCCCUUUCCCCCGCCGAGCUGCGCGCCUUCUUCCUCUCGCACCCGGCGGCGGGCUGGGCGCGCAGGCCGCUCAAGACGGAUUUGCCGCACCACGGGGCGGUCGUCGACGCGGCGAGCGCGGCGGCGAUGACCGUGGAGCGCACAGUGGUGCGCGCUCGCGACGUGUGGAGCUUCCUCGACACCGACCGCGACGGCGCCGUCACCGCCGAGGAGCUGGUCGCUUCCGGCCGGCGGUGGCAUGAGAGCUUGCGCGCCGCCGCCGUUGCGCUCCGGGAGCGGCGCCGGAGGAGCAAGGAUGCGCCAAGGACAACUCCGCAUAGACCAUAG